GAAUGAAAGAGAAAGCUAUUUCGAUCAGAGGCGUCCAAUAUCUCACGGGACGCGCUAUAUAUAGUGUCUUCCGCAUCAAUCUAGGGUUUCAAGGCUAUACUCGGCGCCGCGCUUCCCAUCUCCGGAGAACAUAGCAUUUGUUGUCUGAACUUUAAAGACAGUCAAGAUGGUGAAGUUCACGGCUGAAGAGCUCCGCAGGAUUAUGGACUUGAAGCAUAAUAUUAGGAAUAUGUCUGUCAUUGCCCAUGUUGAUCAUGGUAAAUCUACUUUGACAGAUUCUCUAGUGGCAGCUGCUGGUAUUAUUGCACAGGAAGUUGCCGGAGAUGUUAGGAUGACAGAUACACGAGCGGAUGAAGCUGAACGUGGCAUUACAAUCAAGUCCACUGGAAUUUCUCUUUAUUAUGAAAUGACUGAUGAGUCUCUGAAGAACUUCAAGGGUGAAAGAGCUGGAAAUGAAUACCUCAUUAACUUGAUAGAUUCACCUGGGCAUGUUGAUUUUUCAUCCGAGGUCACAGCUGCUUUGCGUAUUACUGAUGGUGCGCUAGUUGUUGUUGACUGUGUUGAGGGAGUAUGUGUACAGACUGAAACAGUUCUUCGACAAGCCCUAGGAGAAAGAAUCAGGCCAGUGUUGACCGUCAAUAAGAUGGACCGUUGCUUCCUUGAGCUUCAAGUUGAUGGAGAAGAAGCAUAUCAAACAUUCUCUCGAGUUAUUGAGAAUGCAAAUGUCAUUAUGGCUACUUAUGAGGAUCCCCUUCUCGGUGAUGUCCAAGUUUAUCCAGAAAAGGGGACUGUUGCCUUUUCUGCUGGAUUGCAUGGAUGGGCUUUCACCUUGACCAACUUUGCAAAGAUGUAUGCAACUAAGUUUGGAGUUGAUGAGUCCAAAAUGAUGGAGAGGCUUUGGGGUGAGAACUUCUUUGACCCUGCAACAAAGAAAUGGACUACUAAGAAUUCCGGCUCUCCUACAUGUAAGCGUGGAUUUGUUCAAUUCUGCUACGAGCCGAUUAAGCAAAUUAUUGCCACCUGCAUGAAUGAUCAGAAGGAUAAACUAUGGCCUAUGCUGCAGAAGCUUGGUGUCACCAUGAAGUCUGAUGAGAAAGAGUUGAUUGGGAAGGCAUUAAUGAAGCGGGUCAUGCAAACUUGGUUGCCUGCCAGCACUGCCCUUCUUGAAAUGAUGAUCUUCCACCUUCCUUCUCCCUCCAGGGCACAGAGGUAUCGUGUUGAGAACUUGUAUGAAGGUCCGCUUGAUGAUAUUUAUGCAAAUGCAAUCAGGAACUGUGAUCCAGAGGGACCUCUUAUGUUGUAUGUCUCAAAGAUGAUUCCAGCUUCUGACAAGGGCAGGUUCUUUGCUUUUGGCCGUGUUUUCUCUGGAAGGGUUUCAACGGGCAUGAAGGUAAGGAUUAUGGGGCCCAACUAUGUUCCUGGACAGAAGAAAGAUUUGUAUGUUAAGAGUGUCCAGCGAACUGUUAUCUGGAUGGGUAAGAAGCAAGAGUCUGUGGAGGAUGUUCCUUGUGGAAACACAGUUGCUAUGGUUGGCCUGGACCAGUACAUUACCAAGAAUGCAACGUUGACCAAUGAGAAAGAAGUGGAUGCUCAUCCUAUUAGAGCAAUGAAGUUUUCAGUUUCUCCCGUGGUUCGUGUUGCAGUGCAAUGUAAGUUAGCUUCUGAUCUUCCAAAACUCGUAGAAGGGCUGAAACGGUUAGCCAAAUCAGAUCCCAUGGUGGUGUGUACAAUUGAGGAAUCUGGUGAGCACAUUGUUGCUGGUGCUGGUGAGCUGCAUCUUGAGAUCUGCUUGAAAGAUCUGCAGGAAGAUUUCAUGGGAGGAGCAGAGAUCAUUGUCUCCGAUCCUGUGGUUUCUUUCCGUGAAACUGUGUUGGAGAAAUCAUGCAGGACUGUUAUGAGCAAAUCACCAAACAAGCACAACAGACUCUACAUGGAAGCCCGGCCUAUGGAGGAAGGCCUUGCUGAGGCAAUUGAUGAUGGCCGUAUUGGCCCCAGAGAUGAUCCUAAAGUGAGAUCGAAGAUUCUAUCUGAGGAAUUCGGCUGGGACAAGGAUCUCGCCAAGAAGAUCUGGUGCUUUGGGCCUGAGACUACUGGUCCAAACAUGGUGGUUGAUAUGUGUAAAGGAGUUCAGUACCUUAAUGAGAUCAAGGAUUCUGUUGUAGCUGGAUUUCAGUGGGCUUCAAAGGAAGGAGCAUUGGCCGAAGAAAAUAUGCGUGCUAUUUGUUUUGAGGUGUGUGAUGUGGUGCUCCAUGCUGAUGCUAUUCACAGAGGUGGCGGUCAAGUUAUUCCAACAGCGAGAAGAGUCAUAUAUGCAGCUCAAUUAACUGCCAAACCAAGACUUCUUGAACCAGUCUACCUGGUGGAAAUCCAGGCUCCUGAGCAAGCUCUUGGCGGUAUCUAUGGUGUCCUUAAUCAGAAGAGAGGUCAUGUCUUCGAAGAGAUGCAGAGGCCAGGGACUCCCUUAUACAACAUCAAGGCGUAUCUUCCAGUCAUCGAGUCAUUUGGUUUCUCUAGCACUCUGAGGGCUGCCACAUCCGGGCAGGCCUUCCCACAGUGUGUGUUUGAUCACUGGGACAUGAUGUCAUCUGAUCCUCUGGAGCCAGCAUCCCAGGCUGGGCAGCUGGUGGCAGAUAUCAGGAAGCGCAAGGGCCUCAAGGAACAGAUGACUCCUCUCUCCGAAUUUGAAGACAAGCUUUAAGUUAAUGUGUCUCGUCAUGGUAUUUUCAUGUACUAUCGCUCUGCGGCCUCAUCUUGUAUCACUUGUUGCGAAGUUACCUCCCUGUUUCAUUUACGGAUUGCCUAUCUAUUUAUCGUCUUGAAAUACUUUCAACAUUAUGAUAUUGUGCUUCUACUCUUAACAGACUAUUUGCAACGUGAAAUAAAAUUAGACUUGAGUUUGUAGUUCUUGGACAA